AUGAGGCCGGUGUUCUGCGGCAACUUCGACCACGACACCCGCCAGUACGACCUCGAGCGCCUCUUCUCCAAGUACGGCCCCAUCAGCCGGAUCGACAUGAAGACAGGCUAUGCUUUCGUUUACUUUGAAGAUGAGCGUGAUGCAGAGGAUGCUAUAAGGCGUCUCGACAACGUGUCUUUUGGUUACGACAGGCGCAGGCUCUCUGUAGAAUGGUCCAGGCAAGUUGAACCAGUGCCAAAGAGCCGUGAUAGACCUACUGGGGAUGUAAAGCCAACGAGAACCCUCUUUGUUAUCAAUUUUGACCCCAUGCGCACUAAGAUUCAAGAUAUCGAGAGGCAUUUUGAACCGUAUGGCAAGAUUGCCAACAUUCGCAUUCGAAGGAACUUUGCGUUUGUACAGUAUGAGACGCAAGAGGAAGCUAGUGCCGCUGUCAAGAACACUGACAAGAGCACCAUAUUGGACAGGGUAGUGACCGUUGAAUAUGCCUUCCGGGAUGAUGACAACGAGAGAGAUGACAGAUACGGCAGCCCCAAGCGAGGUACUUAUGACAGACGCCGUGGUAACCCCUACAUGCGCUCACCUAGCCCAAGCCUGUCGAUUUGGAAGAACCCAAUAAGAGGAAGAAGUGGUUCCGCUAGCGCCAUGAUGAACCUGCAGACGCAGCUCCCGCCCACCAGCUCGCCGGGCCCAGCUUCCCGCGCCAGCCGUGCUCCUGUCGUGCCUGCUGCACGACGCGGCACCGGCCGCCGGCGUCAGAGGCGGAAACCGUCUUCGUCCCCGUCCACCCGCGAGGCCGAGGCUGAGCACGGGCAGCCGGACGCCCUUGCCCGCAUCCUCCGCACCGAGGCCGCCGUCUCGGGCGUCUCCCGCAAGGCCGCGGCCGCGCGGCAGCAGUCCACAAACCUCUGGCCCCGCGCCGUCCUCGAGGCCCUCGACUCUGCCGUCGCCGCCUGCCGCUGGGAGUCCGCCCUCGAGAUCUUCGAGCUGCUGCGGAAGCAGCACUGGUACGAGCCGAGGUCGCAGACCUACGCGCGGCUGCUGAUGAUGCUCGGCAAGUGCCGGCAGCCCGGUCCCGCCGCCUCCCUCUUCAAGGCGAUGCUCUCGGAGCGGCUCCGACCGACGGCGGACGUGUACACGGCGCUCGUCGGCGCGUACGGCUACAGCGGCUUGCUGGAGGAAGCGCUGACCGCCGUCGAGCAGAUGAAAGGCGCCGCUGAUUGCAAGCCGGACGGGUACACCUUCUCCGUCCUCAUCGAUUGCUGCGCCAAGUCGCGCCGCUUCGAUCUGAUCCCUGCUGUUCUCGACGAGAUGUCAUACCUGGGGAUCGAAUGCAAUUCCGUUAUCCACAACGCGAUAAUUGACGGGUACGGCAAGGCUGCCAUGUUUGAGGAGAUGGAGAGUGCGCUCUCCACUAUGCUUGAGAGUGGGAGCAAUGUGCCAGACAUUUACACCAUGAACUCCGUCAUCGGGGCGUAUGGCAACCAUGGAAGAACAGAUGAGAUGGAGAAGAGUUACAGUGAGUUUCAGCUGAUGGGUGUUGAGCCAGAUACCAAGACGUUCAACAUCAUGAUCAAGUCCUACGGUAAGGCUGGCAUGUAUGACAAGAUGAUGUCGAUAUUCAGAUACAUGAAGAAACGGUUCUUCUCACCGACCGCGGUUACCUUCAACACAGUGAUAGAGUGUUUUGGACGUGCUGGAAACAUAGAAAAGAUGGAGUACUAUUUCCGGCUUAUGAAGAUUCAGGGUGUCAAACCCAACCACAUCACCUACUGCUCGCUAGUUAACGGGUACAGUAAAGCUGGGCUUCUUGACAAGGUUCCAGGGAUUAUUCGACAGACCGAGAACACCAAUGUUGUCUUAGAUACUCCAUUCUUCAACUGCGUGAUAAGCGCAUAUGCAAAGUCUGGAGAUAUCAAAAUCAUGGAGGAGAUGCUGCAGCUUAUGAAGGAGAAGAAAUGCAAGCCUGACAAAAUAACUUAUGCCACCAUGAUUCAGGCGUACACUGCACUUCGGAUGGAUGAAGCUGCUAGGUUGCUGGAGAUGGAAGCUGAAAGAUUUGAUAAAAGGUUGCUGGGACCAGUUUCUGAGGUUGAUGGCAAAUAA